AUGUCGACGCACAAUUCCGAGCCGCCGUCCCCGCCUAAAGUUCCCGACCGGUAUGCGCCUUCCGCCGUAGCAGUCGAACCGCGCGAUAUGUCAGCAACAAACAAGCAGAGUAUGUGGAGCUCGCCCAUUGCGAGUCUUGCUGUGAGGGUUGCCCGCCUUCCUGAUAGCUCAGUGAAUGCGCUGUGUGGAGCUUCGGCAGGAGUCGCUUCAGGCAUAGUCACAUGUCCGCUCGAUGUUAUCAAGACCAGAUUGCAGGCCCAAGGCUCUUUCCGGCCCCGAACUUACACGGGACCGAAGCGCGCUGUAUACAAAGGCCUUACCGGGACUGCGCGCGUGAUAUGGGUCGAGGAUGGUAUUCGCGGCCUGUACAGAGGACUUGGGCCUAUGCUCCUUGGAUACAUUCCAACCUGGGCCGUCUACAUGAGCACUUACGAUUCAACUAAGAAUUUUCUAUAUCCGCAGAUGGAGAACAAAUGGCUCGCACGAACCCUCGCUUCACUAGCUGCUGGCGGAUGCUCCACUCUGGUAACCAACCCCAUAUGGGUAGUCAAGACGAGAUUGAUGUCGCAAGUCAGCGCUCGCGCAUCAGACGAGCACCGGCCGCCAUGGCACUACCGCAACACCUUUGAUGCGUUUCGCAAAAUGUACGCCAAAGAAGGCAUUGCCUCCUUCUACUCUGGUCUCACACCAGCACUGCUUGGCCUCACACACGUUGCUAUCCAAUUCCCGCUAUAUGAGUUUCUCAAGAUGAAGUUUACUGGCCUAGAAAUGGGCCAGACCGACACCAAAACCGAAGAUGUGCAUUGGUUUGCCAUCGCACUGGCAACCGUGCUUAGCAAAAUGACGGCCACCUCAGCAACGUACCCACAUGAAGUUCUACGCACACGUCUACAAACGCAGCAGCGAUCGCUACCGUCACAUGACAACCACAUAUCCUUCCGAGGAGGCCAGCAUGAUCGCUUUCACACGCGACCUCCUGGGACAGCCUCAUCGGAUGGUAUGAUAAACUUGCCUCGGUACCGCGGGAUUCUUCGAACGUGCACUGUCAUUCUGCAAGAAGAAGGCUGGAGGGCCUUUUACAAUGGAAUGGGCACCAACAUGGUGCGCGCUGUCCCUGCAGCCGUCACAACCAUGUUGACGUUUGAAACAUUGAAAAUGCUCCAUCAGAAGCUUAAGAAUGAGGGCAAGAAGCUUGACGAAGAGGCUGAUUAGCCGGGGUUCUUCACUUUCGUACGCAUCGACAUGCAUAGUUACCGGGCGUUUAGUGAUUCAUAGGGUGGGGAUAUCCCAGUGAGCACUCCUGUCUUGUUUGUUCAAAGUGCAUAUACACGACUGUAUCAGACAAUUGCCAGCAUUGGAGCUUUUGGCGUUUACAUGGUGUUCUGGACUGUCAGAAGCUAGUCUGACUGGUACAUGUCUAUUUAGCACAAGAUUUGAAGGCUCAUAUGCAUGCAGUUUCAAUGUAAUAUCAUGAGAAUGCCUCCA